AUGGCGUCAUAUUUUUGGUUGUUAACUGUUAUCUCGUCAUGUUGCAUUAUCAAUAUCACAUUUGCUUUUGGUAAUCAUCGGCAUUCAUCAUAUCAACGACCACCACAACCACCAUAUCAACAAUUACCACAUCAACAACCACCACAACCAUCAUAUCAACGACCACUAAAAUCAUCAUAUCAACGACCACCACAUCAACAGCCACAGUUCCCGAAACAACCGUUUCCACCACAACAACCACCACAGUUCCCGAAACAGCCGUUUCCACCACAACAACCACCACAGUUCCCGAAAGAACCGUUUCCACCACAACAACCACCACAGUUACCGCAACAACCGCAUCUACCACAACAACCACAGUUGCCGCAACAGCCGCAUCUACCGCAACAACCACCACAUCAACAACCACAGUUCCCGAAACAACCGUUUCCACCACAACAACCACCACAGUUACCGCAACAACCGCAUCCACCACAACAACCACAGUUACCGCAACAGCCGUUCCCACCACAACAACCACCACAUCAACAACCACCAAAUCAGCAACCACAGUUACCGCAUCAGCCGUAUCCACCACAACUUCCACCCCCUUCAUCACCUAAUUCACUUCCACCACCGCAUCCUCCAACCCCAUGUCCGGAACCACCUCCAUGUCCAGCUCCACCACCACCAACACCUUGUCCACCUCCACCACCAUCAAAACCAUGUCCACCUCCAUCACCUCCACCUUCCUGUCCUCCACCGCAAUGUCCUGCUCCGCCACCACCUCCUCCGUGUCCACCGCCACCACCUCCAGUUCCAUGUCCGGAACCACCUCCAUGUCCACCUCCACCACCACCAAAACCAUGUCCACCUCCACCACCUCCACCUCCUUGUCCUCCACCGCAAUGUCCUGCUCCGCCACCACCUCCUCCUUGUCCACCACCACCACCUCCUACACCAUGUCCGAAACCGCCUCCAUGUCCACCACCACUACCACCACCACCACCACAACCAUGUCCAGAAAAACCUUGCCCACCUUCAUCACCGACCUCGUGUCCACCAACAUAUUGUCCUCCUCCGUCAGCCUCACCUCCAUGUUCGAGUUCUUCAUCAUCAAUGUUUUCACCUCAUUCACCUCCAAAUGAUCAUGCAUCAAACUCGCAAAGUUAUGCAGUUCAUCCACCAUCAUCUAUUUGUAGAAGAAAUGCCAAAAUGUGCUCAAUGUGCAGUCAUAAAUUAAGAAGUAAAAGAUCUGUUAAUUUAAUUGGAUCAUAUUUUACUAAUGAUGAAAAUCCUGCAACAAUAGCACGACAAAAUAAAAGGAACAAGCGAGAAGAAAUGAAUUUAGUUGUAAAUAAUACUUGCAACAAUGAAGAUCUAAUGGAAAUUAUGGAUCAGAAUUUAUCGACCAAUUUGACAGAUUCAAAACGAUCAAUUCAAAAAGUUGCUGAACAGAAAUUAAAACGUGAUUUCAAUGUGAUUUGCACCGAUCAUUCAUUCACAUUUGUCACACAUGCUACUCUAUACUGUCAAAUAGCUAAAUUUGAUGUUUCAUGCUAUGCUUUUUCCACUGAUUAA